AUGACCCUCCCCGCCGUCGUAGCUUCCGCCCAAACUGUUUGUGUCACCGGCGCCGGUGGCUUCAUUGCCUCUUGGCUCGUGAAGCUUCUUCUCCAAAAGGGUUACACUGUUAGAGGCACAGUAAGAAACCCAGAUGAUCCGAAGAAUGCUCAUUUGAAAGAGUUGGAUGGAGCUGAGGAAAAGCUGAAGUUGUAUGGUGCUGAUCUUCUUGAUUUUGAGAGCCUUAAAGCCGCCAUUAUCGGUUGCGAUGGUGUCUUCCACACGGCGUCUGCGGUGACCGAUGACCCAGAAAAAGUGGAGGAGACAAUAAUUGGGACAAAGAAUGUUAUAUUGGCAGCAGCGGAGGCUAAGGUCCGGCGAAUAGUGUUCACAUCAUCCAUCGGAACGGUAUACAUGAACCCUAAUAGAAGCCCCGACAUGAUAGUUGAUGAGUCUUGUUGGAGUGACCUUGACUUUUGUAAAAAUACAGAGAACUGGUAUUGUUAUGCAAAGACAGUUGCAGAGCAAACAGCAUGGGCAAUGGCGGCGGAGAAAGGGGUGGAUCUAGUAGUGUUGAAUCCCACGUUGGUACUUGGACCAUUAUUACAAGCAACAAUAAAUGCAAGUGUAGCUCAUAUAAUGAAGUACUUGACUGGUGCUGUCAAGACAUACGUGAAUGCCUUUCAAGGUUAUGUUCAUGUUAAGGAUGUUGCCAAAUCUCAUGUCUUGUUGUAUGAGACUCCUUCUGCUUUUGGUCGAUACAUUUGUGUUGAAACUAUGCUUCAUCGACAAGAGUUAGUUGAAAUUUUGGCUAAGUUCUUCCCCGAGUAUCCAAUUCCUACCAAGUGCUCGGACGAGGUGAACCCUAGAAAGAAGCCUUACAAAUAUAGCGUCAAAAAGCUGGAGGAGUUGGGCAUGGAGUUCAUACCUGUGAAGCAAUGCAUCUACGAAACUGUGAAGAGCCUUCAAGAGAAGGGUCAUCUUCUAUUACCAACCCAUUCUUAAUAUUACAAUUACAAAUUAACUUAACAGAUAAUUAUAUCCAAGAGAGAAGGUAUAGAACGUAAAGAAAAAGGGGGAGAAAGAAAAUGUUAUAGAUCUUGUUACCCCAUUUCUUAUGUUACUUAUGUAU